UCUAUCGACAAAUUUUAUAAAAAAAAUCGAUUCUCGUUUCAAAUGCCAAAUGAUUAAUUUAUUGUUCAGUGGCAAAAAUGUACUUCCUUUCUGUCAAAUAUUUUGACCAAGAUGAUUGGUUCGAAAAUAGUGAAACCAGGCGGUAUAGAGCCAGAUGAUUUCGAAAAGUCGAUUGCUCAAGCACUUUCGGAACUUGAAGCAAAUAGCGACUUAAAACCGUAUUUGAGAGAUUUGCACAUAACUCGAGCCCGUGAAAUUGAAUACGGUACUAAAAAGGCUGUUAUAAUUUAUGUACCAAUUCCACAACAAAAAACUUUCCAAAAGAUACAAAUUAUUUUGGUGCGUGAACUUGAAAAAAAGUUCUCUGGAAAGCAUGUUGUAGUGAUAGGAGAACGCAAGAUUUUGCCAAAACCAACACGCAAAUCUAGAAAUCCUUUAAAGCAAAAACGUCCCCGUUCCCGUACUUUAACUGCUGUAUAUGAUGCUAUCUUAGAAGAUUUAGUGUUUCCAGCAGAGAUCGUAGGCAAACGUAUUCGUGUCAAAUUGGAUGGCACCCAAUUGAUAAAGGUGCAUUUGGAUAAGAACCAACAAACGACCAUUGAGCACAAAGUUGAUACUUUUACUUCUGUUUAUAAAAAACUCACUGGCCGAGAUGUAACUUUCGAGUUUCCAGACAAUUACUUGAAUUUGUAAUUUUUAAACUUUAAAAUUGCUUUAAAAAAUAAAACAUACAAAAUUUGUAACUA